AUGGUGCGAGAGACUUAUUUCUACGACGUACUAUCCAUCUCACAAAAUGCCACUACAGAAGAGGUUUCACGAGCUUACAAAAAGCUUGCAUUGAAAUGCCACCCCGACAAGACAAACCACGAUCCGCAAUUGACGGAAAAAUUCAAGGAAAUGACCAGAGCUUACGAGAUUUUGAAGGACUCAAAACAAAGACACAUCUACGACAAGUACGGAAAAGAAGGAUUGGAGCGUCUAGUACUGGUUUCAGAACCACCUGACCCAAACCCAGCACAACGAUAUAGACAGAACCGCAACCAUAGUUCGAGCCAGGGUUCAGAUGACUCACUCGAGGACUCUGACGAAGACUUUGCACAUUUCAACAACCAAUUCCCACAAUUCUUUACGGCAACUUCGCGUUCUGCGAGAUCAAACCCAUUUGGCCAUCUGAAUCCACUACGAGGACACCAUAUAUUCUCACAAGUAUUUGACGAUAUAAACUCAAUGUUCUCAAACCAAAAUGCCUUCUUCUCAUCACACUCAUCACUGAGUACUAAUAUGGGAUCCAAUUCAUUCUACCAGCUGCAGCUGCAACUGCAACUGCAACUGCAACUGCAACCAAUGAAGAAAAUCGUCAAGCCCUAUGGAGAGCCAAUCCAAAAUCAAUUAUAUAGAGGAGAAAACAUCUACCACCAAUGCGAUGUAUCGUUGAAUGACUUGAUGUAUGGCAAGACCAUCAAAUUGUCACUUCCUAAAAAUAUGAAAUGUGUACAUUGCGAUGGCCAUGGAGGUUAUAAUCCUUGUGUGUGCCCAACUUGUCUAGGCUCGGGAAAAGUCAUGGUUAUUCACUAUAACCAAUUCUCACAGCAAAGACAAACCGGUACUUGUGAAAAGUGUCAAGGUACCGGUGUGUAUGUGAAACCAAGUGACAAGUGUAUAUACUGUGAAUCAGGAUACGUUGAGACCACAAAAAUUAUCAAGAUUCAUAUACCACCCGGUGCUAGACAAUCCGACAAGAUUGUCAUCAAGGGCGAAGGUGAUGAGGGAAGAAAUGUAAUACCAGGAGACCUCAUUGUUGAAAUACGCCAGAAGCCACACCCAUAUUUGACAAGAAAAAGAAACGAUUUGUUUAUGGAUUACAACAUUGAUUUGAAAACGGCUUUACUCGGUGGAGAAAUAUUAAUUCCAAAUUUCUUACGCGUGGGCCAGUUUCUCAAAAUCUACAUCAAUUCACAUGGCAAUAGCAGCAUCAAUAACGAGAAAGUGCAACAGGGCGAAGUGUUGGGAACAAUUAACCUGGGUGAACCGAAAUUGGUCAAGAAUCUAGGAAUGCCCAUCAACACUGAUAUCAUUGCAAAUAAUGGAAUCUUGAUCCAAUCAAGCAUGAAUGAGGAAAACGAAGAAAAGCAACGCACUGACAAAUUUCGCCAAUUCAAUCGUGGUAACCUCUAUAUCAAUUUCCAUGUACAACUCCCAUCGAUCGAGGAGUUUUCUCAACAGGCAUUGAUCAAUUUGGAGAAUGCAUUACCAAGCAACUCUUCAUACAUUGCUUCGCCAACAGAAAAAAUUAUUGAAACUCACUUAUCUAACCUUCCAGGAACCAAGUCACAUCCAAUAAACAUUGACCAAACACCAAGCUCUUCAUCAAGCCCUAAUAAGGAUGAAAGUAAUGAUAAGAUGAACUAUGGGGGAGUGAAAUGGAACAGUGGCGGCAACAGCAACAGCAACAGCAGCGGCGGUGCCAGUGGUGCCAGAGGUGCCAGAGGUACUAGAAGUGCUAACAGUGAUAGUGCAAGAACUCGCAACAAUUACUUUGACAUUUCUGCUGGAGAUAAAGGAGGCAAUGGUAACGGUGCCGGUGCUCAAAAGAGAAGGAAAUUUGACGGAUCAAACACUACAAUGGAUGGAAUCCAGAAUGCCAUCUGA